GUCCAGAUUAAUCAUCAGCGCCCAUUAUUCCUGUCAGCCAAUAAUCCUUGCCAAUCCAACAACUCCCUUCUCUUUCCAACCUUCUCUUUCCAAAACACAUUCAUUCUUUGAUCAUCAUCGUCGCGACGGUGUCGUUUCACGAUGUGUUACGGUCAGCAACCACCCUUCUCGAGGAACAGCCCAGUUCCGCCGCGAGCCGCCUCGCAGGCGACUGAUAACGUGGCGGUGGUGGAGAGCCUGCGGGGCCGGCUAGCCGAGACCGAGGCCCUGCUGGCGCGCGCCAGGGCCCGGGAAGCCGAGCUGAGCCGUCGGCUCGAGGAAAUGAAGCGCUUCGUCUCCGUCAUGGAGAUCCUCGAGAACUACCUCAAACGACGCUUCCUCGAGCAGCAACAGCUCGUGGUCCGCCUCUUCACCCCUCUGCCCCGUAAAUAGAAACCACACUCUCGGUGCAGAUUCACUUUUUCUUUUUAUUUUUCCUUUUUUGAAUUUGGAAUUUUUUUGGUGGUUGUUUAUGUUUCAUAGUUAUAUAAAUUUACACUUAAUGACA